CGUCCACGCCCUUAGCCGGACAGUUCUGCAUCCGCCUUCUCUGCUAACCUUGUUGAAGGAAGUAAAGUCUGUCAAACAUGAGUUUUCACUACGGCCAGGGCUAUCCAGGAGGCAGCCACCCACCACCCAGUGCCCCAUACGGGGGGGCCAGCGGUCCCUACGGGGGACACCCCUCAGCCCCAUAUGGAGGGUCCCCACAUGGAGGAUCCCCACAUGGAGGAUCCCCACAUGGAGGGUCCCAACAUGGAGGGGCCCCACGUCAACCAACAGCUCCUUAUGGUGGCUAUGGUGCCCCAGCUCAAGGAGGGCAGUAUGGACAGGGACAAGGGGUUGCCCCCGCCGGGCAUUAUGGGGGUUACGGUGGACAACCGCAAGGAGGACAUUAUGGACAGCAUGCUCCUGCAGGUAACAUCCCUCCCGGUGUUGGCCAAGAGGCGUUCCAGUGGUUCCACACUGUGGACACGGACCGCAGUGGCUACAUCAAUCUGAAGGAGCUGAAGCAGGCACUCGUCAACUCCAACUGGUCUGCUUUCAACGACGAGACCUGCCUCAUGAUGAUCAACAUGUUUGACAAGACGAGGACGGGCCGAAUGGACAUUUUUGGCUUCUCUGCACUGUGGGAAUUCAUGCAGCGGUGGAGGGGGCUCUUUCAACAAUUUGACAGAGACCGCUCAGGCUUUAUCAGUGGCACGGAGCUACACCAAGCGCUCGCUCAGAUGGGCUACAACCUCAGCCCCCAGUUCUCGGAGACGUUGGUGCGGCGCUUCACCGUGCAAGGUGGAAGACCCGGCAUCCAGCUGGACCGCUUCAUCCAGGUGUGCACCCAGCUGCAGAGCAUGACGCAGGCCUUCAGGGAGAAGGACACGGGCAUGACCGGCCACAUCCGCCUUAACUAUGAGGACUUCAUCUCUGGAGCCAUCACCAGGCUCAUGUGAUGCACUGUGGAUUCAUUGCAUCAUUCCAUGUUCAGGUCCUAUUUUCUCAGUUUUUAAUGCUCUACCAUAAGUGCCAACACCUGCUGUUUAAUACACAGUACAUCAGGUAGAAUGCAUUCUUCCAUGGCUUGUGGCUGUAUGUAUAAAAAGCCUUGAAACCUCGCAUUUAUUAAGGUGCCCUUACUGGAUGUUUUUACUUUGUACGUAUAGGUUUCUUUUUUGAUUGAAUAGUUAAACUGACAUUCAAGAGAGUACCUGUUUACACAUGUUUCAUUCUAAAAACUUGAAUAGAGAAGGUAGAUAUUAAGUGAAAACUCGUAUAAUUUCUCUGCUCCUACAGUAGAGUGCCUACAAUCAACUGUUAACAAUAAUUACGCUGAGUUGCAAAUGUAUUCCCUCGCAAAUUAACAUGUUCCUGUUCUAUUUAAACAAUAGCCUUUUAAAUAUAUGUACAUCAGCAAUAUUCAGCAGGGUAUUCCAAUGCAAUGAUUAGCUCAUUUCACUGAGCAUUGCUUUUUAUUGUUAUGCAUGUAAUUAAGCAAAUAAGGCCAAAGUUUAUUAUGUCAGUAUUAUUCCACUCUCACUUUAAGUUGAGUGUCAAAGCUCUAUAACUACGUGUUUAAUAAAAUAAUUAUGUACUAUUACUUUUGCUACAUUCCCCUCAAGCAAGCCAGUGUUGACCAUCGAUUAACAAAAUGUCUAGAGAUAAGUGACCUGACAAAAGUGUUUCCUAUUAAGUUUGCCAAUUUCCCCUCAAUGAAAUGGAUCUUCUGUGUUUACGGAUCCAGUUCUUAGAACAUAAUGCACUCCACUGAGGUUUGUUUUCUGAAAUCAGUCAUGGCCAAAAUGGUUCUUAAUGCCAAAAACAAAUAAAUGAUUUGAUAUCACA